UGAGCCUCCAGCCAAUCUAUAUUCAAUACGCUUCACCAACAACACCUCCAAUCUUGGUUUACGAUCCGUCAAAAUGGACAUCUGGCAGCGAAAUGUUCGUAUGAUACAUCAGAUCAGCGAGAUACUGGACCUCGACUCCGCAAAAUCAGAUACAGUCGCCGAUCUCAUUGAGCUCAUUGAAGCAAUGCGAGAAGGGCUUUCUCAAGUUAACGAAGAAUUCCGGAUCGCAGACUCCCAAAUCAAUAUCCUAUUUCUUAAUAAGCUAAAGACACGGCCAGAAUGGAAGAGCUGGGCGACGGAUAUGCUUUGUAAUAGUCGAUUGAACUCUUCAAAUCCGAUUGACAAAAUGACCUUCCAAGAGGUUUCAGAGUUGGCUAUGAGACACGAAAAAGUCAUGAAGGGGAAGAAGAGAAAUAUCCAACAUGCGCGGAGUAAAAGCACACCUCAUUCUUCUCUUGACGCACCUUCGGAUUCUCGAAAACUUACGCAGGAGGAGAUAAACGCAUUCGUUGUGCAGCAGAUGAAACGAGAUGAAAAGGCGCCACGACACAAUGGAACUAUUAGGCGGCACAGCAAAAAGCCCAGUCAAGAGGAGAUUAAUCAGUAUGUUGUUCAGCAGAUGCGUCGGGAACAAGAGCGCAAGACCAGGAUGAGAAGCCACAGUCAGCCGGAGCCGAGAGCGCAAGGAACCCAUGUGCGAUCAACGCCCACGCGCUGUACUUUCUGCGGCGAGUCGUCUCACCAAUACAACAAUUGCUGGCGUCGCUUCAGGGUGGCUGUUGAGGUACCACAUGGCAACUUUGUGCCGAAGCGUGUCGAAUUUAGGACAGAAAUUCCAGGCCAACCUCCUAUGUAUCGAUCGGGAUUUAGUCUUGUUUAGGACCGUACUUUUGUCCUCUCCGAGUCCGACGAUGACGAGGACAUAGAACCGACAUUACGGUUGGAUACGAUUACACAAAAUACCGCUUCCCCAUCUUUAUUUACGUAGAAUCUCGGGUAAGA